AUGUCAAUGGAGACAUGAAGACUAAAAACAAAGGAAAGAAGCAAAGGCUUACUGUUGAGGAAGAAGCGUUUUCUGAGGAGUCAGUGAUGAGAAAAAAAGAACUGGUGAAACGCUUGCGACACAGAGAAAGGAGGAACGGGGGAAGCAAGGAGAGCAGCAAGAUUACUGCAGCCAAAACCAAGCGUGCUUGGAGCAAUACAGACAGACAGCUGAGGAGACUGGAAAGCAAUGAACGUGAGAGGCAGAGAAUGCACAAGCUCAACAAUGCUUUCCAGGCCUUGCGGGAGGUGAUCCCCCAUGUGAGAGCGGAGAAUAAACUUUCCAAAAUAGAGACUCUAACACUGGCCAAAAAUUACAUUAAAUCCUUGACCUCCAUUAUACUCAAUAUGUCCAAUGGACAUUUUCCAGCUGCAGAAGGAAUCGGGGGAGCCAGUGGGUCCAGAUUGCACCAGCAUUACCAACAGCAGCGUGGGGGUGGGGAACAUGAGGAACAUCCAAAAAAAAAACUCCACGCAGAGUCAUAGCUUCAGCCAAAACAGCUAUAGUUAGCUGCUACCUUCGUUCUUUUUCCUUCCUGCAUGAUGGUAUAUGUCAGUACCUGGAGUUUUUAGAGAUUGUUUUUGGCUCUUCAGAAUAAUGUUCCCUUUUUUUCCUAAAAAGACAAGCAAGUGACACUUGUGGUUAUAGCUCAUAGUGCACAGAAAAAUUAGUACAGAUACAUUUUUGUGGUGCCUCAGGGUUUGGGAAUGUGUCCUGUGAUACCAUAGCUGAAUUGCAGAGAGUGAAGUUUUAGUAACUUCUGAAAAUUGCACUCCCUAGAAGUGUUGUGCGUCAUGUGUUUAAGCCUUGAGUCAGCUGAGUUCACUAGAACCUGUUGGGACUCUUGGCUGUAAUGUUGUUCACCAACCAUUUAAUGAAUUGAUUCUUCCUUAACUAUCUUGCUACUGAGGAAGAUUAAACCUGUUGAGUGAAGCGAUACGUGUGUGAGCCCGGCCACCAAAUCUGAAUAUUUAUCUUAAGUGUUUUGGAUCUAUUCUGAAGCUCACUAAAGUCUUUGGAAGACUCCCUUUUACUUUCAUUGGGUCCCAAACACAGAGAUAUAUUACUGUACCUAAAAUGCACCGUAUCAUGUUGACUAAUAAACAUUUGAAAGUGCUUGUUACUGUAAGCAUCUACGAAGCUUUCUUAGAUUGUAAGCUCUGCAGAGUAAGGACGUUUUCCUGCCUGUGUCUAAAGCAUCCAGCCUUAUGGAGUUUGUCUUUAGUGGGUCUCUGGGUGCUAUUGUAAUACACACAUUAAUAAUGGGCAAGUUACUUGACGAUUUUUCAAAAAAUGAUAUUAAAAAAGGCUUUAGUAUAGUCACAAGUUAGACAAUGAUCUAUCCAAUUGCAUAUUAUGUGCUAAUAAAGCUUGCAAGAUGAUCUGAAUUUUUUCUGGACUAGUGCUAGAUUCUGGUGUUAUGAAAUACAGUAAAUGAAGGAAGAGCUCUUCAAACAGGAGAAGGAGCUUUUUUUUUUACAUUUUUUUAAAAUGUGACUGAGAAGCUCUCAUUUCCU